AUGUUCGGAUUGAGUAGACGGUCAGCGGUGACGCGCUCGAGAUGUCUUGUCGCACAGAGAGCUAGACAGUCACCGCAAUCGCUCAUAUCGCGGGAUUUCCACAGCACCCAGGUCAACGCAGAACGACCAACAUGGCUGCCGAUGCGGGUGAAGACGCCUUGGAUUGAGGCGUUGAGUAAGAGUCGUGAAAAUCCGACUCCUGCGCCGCGCCCAAAGCCGGAUUUGACGCCCAAGAAGAUGUCGGAUACUUUUUAUAGUGCUGUACUACCACUGGCUCAGGAUAAGUGGCUUCUGGAUAGCUAUCUCAAUGCGUCGGGCCAUAUCAGAUUGGGUUCUUUGUUGAUGGACCUCGAUGCUUUCGCUGGUGUCAUUGCCUACAGACACACUGGAGACUCGGUGACCACAGUGACAGCGGCCUGUGACAGAAUCACCAUCGAGCAUCCGCUAAUGGAGAUUUGUGAUCUCGAACUAAGCGGUAAAGUUACAUAUGCUACCGGAAGAUCCAGUAUGGAGAUUUCGCUGCAGAUAGCCAAGGCUCUUCCGGAAGGGCAAAAGCACAAACCAGAAGAUAUCUUAAUUACUUGUGCUUUUACCAUGGUUUCGUUGGACCCUGUGACGAAGAAGCCGUCUCUUGUCGCCCCUAUCUUGGCCGAGACUGAGGAAGAAAAGCGUCUUUUUAAGAAAGGAGAGGAGAACUCCCAGGCCAAGAAGGCAUUGAGGAAAAAGAGUCUUUUGCAGACGGCGCCGGUUGAUGAAGAGAGUGAACUGAUUCAUUCCAUGUGGACCAAGGAAGUGGCGUAUCUGAACCCUGAAAAUCCGGCCAAAAGACCUUCAAACGCAGUCUACAUGAGCGACACUGUGUUAAAGUCCGCCAUGAUCAUGCAGCCGCAAGAUCGCAACCGCCACAACUUUAUGAUCUUCGGUGGCUUCCUCCUCAAACAGACCUUUGAACUUGCAUUCUGCUGCGCUGCAUCUUUCUCCCACUCUCGCCCGAACUUCAUCUCCCUGGAUCCUAGCACAUUCGAAAACCCGGUCCCUGUUGGUAGUGUGCUAUACCUGCGCGCCACCGUCUCUUACACAGAACCGCAAGAAAUGGAAGGAAUCGACAGCAAGUACACCAAGGUGCAGGUUCGCGUGGACUCCAAGGUCCGAGACGUCGAGCACGGCACCAAGAAGUCGACAGGCAUGUUCAGCUACACCUUCUUGGUCGAGAAGGAUAUCCAGGUCAUGCCUAGGAGUUAUGGAGAGUUUAUGCUCUGGACUGAUGCCCGGAGACGUGCGGCACUUGUUCCUGAUUCCAAGGAGCCUAGCGCUCUUAGAACUAUCAAGGACAGUGUGACGGAGUAG